AUGCAACGAUUAUGGUCUGCUCAAACUUCCUGGGAUGAGCCAUUACCGCCAGUCAUCGCUAAGGAAUGGCAACAAUUCAUGGACAUGCUAGGUUGGCUGGCAGAGAUCCGCAUUCCACGUUGUAUUGGUGGUUCCACCGGGAUAGAAUACUCGUUAUGCGGUUUUUGCGAUGCCUCUGAAAGAGGUUAUGCUGCAGUUUUGUACCUUCGUUUGACUGAUCCGUCUCAGAAGGUAAACGUGUACUUGCUCGGAGCAAAAACCAAACUGGCACCGUUAAAAACGACCACGAUACCCAGAUUGGAGUUAUGUGGAGCUGUUUUGUUGGCUUCCUGGUUAUCACGUAUGCAUCGGAUACUUGAAGCGCAUAUGAAGAUAUCAGGUGUUUAUGCUUGGUCGGAUUCAACCAUAGUCCUUUCUUGGUUACUAAAUCCUCACGUUGCCUUGAAGGUCUUUGUGUCCAAUCGCGUCCACCAUAUCAAGACUUUGCUUCCAGUCUGCAAGUGGGCUCAUGUCAGAUCUGAAGAAAACCCGGCUGAUUGUGCUGACACGGGGACUGACUCCGGCAGAAAUUGUAAACGCUCAGCUGUAUUGGUCCGGUCCAGAAUUUUUAAGAUUCCCAGUCGAUCAUUGGGACCUCCAUCCAACUACCAUACCAGGUGA